CUUUCCCUACAGCGUUCCAGCAGCUUCAAGGAUUUCAACAAGUGCAAGGUCAGCUCCCCCGUGUCAAAUGAGGAGUUCAACCUGGAGGAGAAUAUCCCCGAGGACGAUGCCAGCGGUGCCAGUGCCGAGGAGGGCGCGCGGAGCAGCGGCACCAAGCUGGGCAGGAAGUGGCGGGCGGUCAUCUCCCGCACCAUGAACCGCAAGAUGGGCAGGAUGGCUGUGAGAGCGCUGGCCGAGGGCAAGCAGGGAGAGGCGGAGGCAGAGAGGCCAUGCCCGCUGUCCCCAGCCAGCAGCGUGGAAGAGCAGAGCUAUGACAAGGUGCCCUUGUCGUACCCGGAGCUGGAGGAGGAGGAGGAUGGACGCCCAGCCCUCGGACGCCAGAUGUCCAGCGGCAGCGACAUUCCCAGCCCUGGCGAUCCCAGGGACAGCCAGCAGCUGGAGGAGACCGUCCCAGCCUACACCGGCCCCUUCUGCGGCCGGGCCCGCGUCCACACCGACUUCACCCCCAGCCCCUAUGACAAGGACUCCCUGAAGCUGCGGAAAGGGGACAUCAUCAGCAUCAUCGAGAAGCCACCUGUGGGCACCUGGACCGGGCUGCUCCACAACAGGGUGGGCUCCUUCAAGUUCAUCUACGUGGAUGUGAUCCCUGAGGAGACGGUCCCUGCCCGCAGGAGCCGCAGCUCCGGCCGGAACAAGCGCCUCAAGCCCAAGACCCUCCAUGAGCUGCUGGAGCGCAUCAACCUGCAGGAACACACCCCCACCCUCCUGCUGAAUGGGUACCAGACCCUGGAGGACUUCAAGGAGCUGCGGGAGACGCACCUGAACGAACUGCACAUCACGGACCCCCAGCACCGCGCCAAGCUGCUGACGGCUGCCGAGCUCCUCCUGGACUACGACACAGCCAGUGAGCCAGAGGAUGGUGACAGCACUGAGGCCCUGCCAUCACCCUCAGAGCCCAAAGAGGACAUUCCCCGGGACUCCGGCUGCUUCGAGGGAUCAGAGACCCUGGAUGGCAGCCGGGAGGAGGCCGAGCUGGGGGGUCCUGAGGAGCAGCUGGGGGGUCCUGAGGAGCAGCUGGGGGGUCUCUCCAUGGCAGAAUCCCCCUGAGCCCGCCAGCACCGCCACUUUCCACUCCGGCCCUAACAGGGGGGCUGGACUGGAGGGGAGGGCGGCUGGUGGGGGGCAGGGAAGCCCCAGUGGUGGCACCUCAGGGCCUGGCUUGGCCCCUGCACCAGAGCCAGAUGCUGGGUGGGCACGAGGUGCCCCAGGACAUUUUGCAUGGCACUGCCUGGCACCACAGCCCCGAGGCAGGGACUCUGGGCAUGCCGGGGCAUUGCACUCCCCGCCAAGACACCGCAGGCAUUGGCUGCUUUCCCCAGGUUUGCCAGCAGGCUCAGGAAGGGAGCUGGGGCUGGAAGCUGUGUGUGCAGGCAACUGAAGCCUGCCUAGGACACUGUCACUUCUCAGCAUGGACACACAGAGACACCCCCCCCCUCAUCUGCCAUGGAGGACAGCAAGAUGCAAAUAACACAGCUAAGACACCCUGGAAGUGUGAGAUGGAGAGUCCUGGAAAUGCACAGGGAAGAAGGAAGAGGCAGCUGGCUUGGGGCAGCACAGAAACGCAGCGGCUACAGCUCAGCCAUUUUCAAACCAAUUAAGUUUCCUUCAUUGUUUUAAAAUUAAAAAAAAAUAAUAAGAAGAAAAAAAAAUAAAGAACAUCCAGCCCUCACCCAACCCCCUUCCUUCCUUCUGGAGACCCUGACCCGUGCAGGCAGGUCCCGGCAGGCAGAACUCCACACACCUCGUGGAACAGGGAGCAGCAAAGCCAAAAUACACAAUUUUCUGCACCGAAUUGGAGUUUUGGUCAGCAGCGUGUUGGGGCGACUCCCACGGGGUGGGGCACAGAGCCCUGUCCUCGGAGGAUGGAAGGGGACGGGGAUGGGGCUGGGCUGGCUGGGGGCCGUGGCAGGGCAGCCGGGGCUCCUUCCCAGCCACAUUCCAACCGGGAGCAGCUGUGGCAGCUCUGCCCUCCCACCCAGCAGAAGAGGCCCCGCACGGCGGGAGAGGGGGCAGUGCCGGGGCCACGCUCACACCACAGCCCUCACUGCCAGCCAGGACAUCACGGACACACAGACGGGACUGGCCCGGCAGGACACCCCCCACAGCCACCACACACCUGCCGGGAGGAACUGAGUGCCCAGCACUGUGACAAGGGACACGGAGCUGCCAGGGCACAGAGGCACAGGGGCUGCAGGGAUCCCAGAGGUGUGAGGGUCCUGCCAGUGCAGGACAGGGACUGUGGAGAGGGGGAGCCCUGCCACGGCACAGAGCUCUCCCACCAUCUGCCCGGCCUCUCGUCCUCUGUUGAGGACACACAAGCCCAGCUCUGGGCAGCUGCUACAAUCCUGGGAAGAUCCCAGGCUCCCAAAGCCAGUCUAGGAUGGCUGAGAACAGCAGAGCAAGGCAAGGGGGGAACAUGGGGAUG